UCGACGCCACGUUAAGCGAUUAACAUCUCAACUUACUUUUGCUACAUUUUUAACGUGGCUUUAAAUUUAUUUUGAUCGACGAGAGCAGAAGAGUAUUGUCAUUCUUUUAUCUUGUACGUUGUUGUGUAGAUAUUUUUACUAAUUACUUUUAAUGAAAAAUAUGAUGGAAGAAGUUAAUGAUGACACGAAUGGUGAAUCAACUUUUGAAUUUGUCGACGGUAAAGUUGAUGAAUCUCAAAAAGAUGAUAAUAAGUCAGCAAUGUCAGGUUCUGUUUUCCCACCAAAUCCUGUAGACACAUCCACUGUUCUUGCUUCAAGUGGUCAAUCUCAGACUUUGCCAGUGACACAAUCACAUCCUUUUCCUGCAGCAGAAUCAGAAAAUGUGCAACCAAUACUUUUUUAUGAUCCUUCUCAACAUCAUUCAAAUGCAAUGUUCUUACCACCACUAUCAGAUAUUCCUGUAAAUCCAUCAGAUCCACCUCCCAUGCCAGAAGCAACUCAAAGCCAAUAUGCCACUUUACAGCAAGGGUACUUAGCUAAUACAGCUCCAUCUCAAAGUGCUCAAGCAUCACCUGUACCACAAAGUUAUGUUGAACCUCCCAUUCAACAGCACUCUGCUUUGAUUUUGCCUCUACCUUUAGAUGACAGUGGGAACAGUUUACAGGAAAGAAGUAAUGAAAGUAGUGUGUGGGGAUGGUUGAAAGGGAAAGACUUUUUAAAUAAAGUAGCUGAAAAAGCAAAAAGUUCCGUUGACUCAGUUAUUACGACGUUAGAUCCAGGAAUGAAAGAAAUAAUAAAUACUGGAGGUGAUAUUAGUGUUAUAGUUGCAUCUGGGAAUGAAGUUAAAGUAUCUGCUGUACGGGAAGCAUUUCAGCUUGUAUUUGGGAAAGCAACUGUCCAGGGUGUUUCUAUCCAGGCAAGCAGUAUUGCACCACAACCUGUGGGUUUCUCUGCUGGUCUGAGAGCUGCUAAAGAGCGCAUCAACAAUUUAAGGCUUCACGGUCUUGUGCAGGAUAGUAGACAACUUUUAAUAUCAAUAGAAAAUUUUUUAACUGAAUUAACACCUGAAAAUUGGUUUGACAUUGGUUGCUUACUGCUCGAAGAUUAUCAUUCUAGUAUAUCUUUACAAGUAUAUACUGAAGCCAUUCCCAUACCUAGUCAUUUUGUUUUACAAGCAAAAGAUCAAACUCCAACUGAUUAUCCUCUUGGUUGGUCUGGUUAUAAAGUUACAAUUGGACAAAUUUUGGGAUCAGCAUAUGGUGUUCAUCACGGAGAAUGGCAUCAAGCUCUUACCGGUGUAUCACGGCGAGAAAUUUUGUUUCUGGCAGCCAAAACAAUUGCUGGACUUUGUAAAGCACAAUUAAAACGAUAGCAGUGCAGGUGUAAUGAUAUUGUAUUCUAGGAAUUGUUUGAAUUAUAGUGAUAUAUAUUGUAAAUCUUUCUUAACAUAUGAAUUAUUUUAUAUUUAAUAUCAAGCACAUUAGAUAAAAGAAAAUAUAUUUUAAAAAUAAAACUAAUCAUAAUCACGUAUUAUUUUUAUUUAAUCUUAUUUCAAAACUACUUGUGUUUUAUCUGUUUCAAAAACAUGUUUUCUUUAUGCUAAUGAAUGCAUGUCAUCUUAUCUGACAGUAAUCUUCUGUGUAUAUUGUGUAUACAUUAUUUUGCAUAUAUAUAUAUUCAUGAAAGCAAAUAUUUUAUGUUUUCCAUUGUUUGUUAUUAUACAUAAUUAGAAUUUUUUAAUAGAACUUUUCAUGAUUUCACUUUUGUAUAAUGUACUUAGGCGUUUUCUGAUAAUCAUCUUUAAAAGUAAUUUUAAUGAAUAGGUUUGAUUUAUAUAGAGUUACAAUAUCUUAAGAAAAGGUUAUGCUUUGUUGCAUUAGUGUAUCUCCAUCUCCCAUUCGUUGAAUAAGAACAGUAGUUUUAAUUUUUAAUCAGAAAUUUGAUGGGUUUAAUUUUUUAUUGUUAAAGCUGUUGAUAGGUGUGUGUCAAAGCUUGACUACCUUUACUGCUUUUAUUAGAAACUAGUUACACUUUUGCUGUUAUGCAAGUCUGUAGUAUUAACACUUUUUAUUUUUUAAUAUAAUGAAAUAAGAAUAUUAUUAAAGCUUUUUUAAUACUGAAA